UGAUCCCCGCCUGCUCUCCUCUUCUUCUCCCGUGAUGAUGCUGCAGAGAAGCAGACGGACAGUGGAGACAUGAGCCCAUCCGUCACACGUCCAUGGAGUCUUCAUUCAAUGCUGUAGAGCUCCAGGAGCUGCGGAGCGGAGGAGGCCAGCGGGGCGUUGCACCAACAACCACCUCAGUGCCAUGGACUAACGCUGUGGGCAGCGCCGCCCAGGGCUUUGAGAACGCCUCCUACCAACAGGACGAAGAGCAACACCACCAACAGGAGGCGACGGUGUCCUCCAACGGUGCACCUUCACCACCAGGCCUCAGUAAGCCACCUCCAGGCUUCUUCAGCGGCCUCACUAAUGUUUCUGCUGGAUCUUCUGUCUGGUCACCCUCUGAUGCCAACGGGCCUGAGUGCCAGGAGCUGUCCCCUCGCUCGUACCAUGAGGAGGACGGCGUGGGCGUCUCCCCUCCUCAGGACGACGGUGCGGACUCGUCCCACUUCCACCCGGCCGACAGCCCCUCUGCAGACUACGGCUUCAUCUUGGCGCUGGUCUUCCUGGUGACGGGGAUCGUCCUGGUGGUCAUCGCCUACACCAUCCCCCGAGAAGCCAAAGUGGACCCGGACGCAGUGUCUGCGCGGCAGAUGGAGAAGCUGGAGCUGUACUACGCCCAGCUGGGCUCCCACCUGGACAAGUGCAUCAUCGCGGGCCUGGGCCUGCUGACGCUGGGGGGGAUGUUCCUGUCGGUGCUGCUCAUGGUGUCCAUCUGCCGGGGCGAGAUGUACCGGCGCAGGGCGGCCUUCGUCCGACCCAAGAGGACUUACGGCUCCAUCAACCUGAGGAUGAAGCAGCUGGCCACGGGGGAGGCGGUCAUGGGGGAGGGGGGGGACGGAGGGGAGGAGUUUCUGGUGGAACGUACGGAGAUCCGGAAUAAUCUACAGCCGGGACCCAGCAAGGACUGCAGACCCGAACCAGGGGCCAGGGGGCCUCCUGCCGGGGCCCCCCCCUCCCCCUCCUGUCCACUGGGACAUGGGGUCAACUAGCUGCAGGUUCAUCCG